CAUGCAGAUGGAUCUCAUCCGGCAGCAGCUGGAGUUCGAGGCCCAGCACAUCCGCUCGCUGAUGGAGGAGCGUUUUGGGACGGCUGACGAGAUGGUGCAGCGGGCGCAGAUCCGGGCGUCCCGGCUGGAGCAGAUCGACAAGGAGCUGAUGGAGGCACAGGACAAGGUGCAGCAGCCGGAGCCGCAGCUCUGCGGGAAGGUGCCGGGCAUGGAGGGGGACGGCAGCCUGGACCCCCCGACCCACCCCGAGGAGGGGGGCAACAGCCUGGGCAGCAACAAGGUGGAGGUGGUCUUCUGGCUCCUGUCCAUGCUGGCCACGCGGGACAAGGACGACAUGUCGCGCACGCUGCUGGCCAUGUCCAGCUCGCAGGAGAGCUGCCUGGCCAUGCGCAAGUCGGGCUGCCUGCCCCUGCUCAUCCAGAUCCUCCACGACUCGGACGGGGAGCCGGGCCCCCCCGAGAGCCCCACCGGCGCCAAGGACGCCCGCAUGCGUGCCAACGCCGCCCUCCACAACAUCGUCUUCUCCCAGCCCGACGAGGGCCAGGCCAAGAAGGAGAUGCGGGUGCUGCACGUGCUGGAGCAGAUCCGCUCCUACUCGGAGACCUGCUGGGACUGGCUGCAGAUGCAGAGCAGGGACGGGGGCAGAGGCCCCGAGGGCAGCGCGGCCCCGGUGCCCAUCGAGCCCCAGAUCUGCCAGGCCACCUGCGCCAUCAUGAAGCUCUCCUUCGACGAGGAGUAUCGUCGGGCCAUGAACGAGCUGGGAGGGCUGCAGGCGGUGGCCGAGCUGCUCCAGGUGGACUAUGAGAUGCACAAGAUGACGAACGACCCCCUGAACCUGGCCCUGCGGCGCUACGCGGGGAUGGCCCUCACCAACCUCACCUUCGGCGACGUGGUCAACAAGGCGACGCUGUGCUCCCGCCGGGGCUGCAUGGAGGCCAUGGUGGCUCAGCUGGGCUCCGACAGCGAGGAGCUCCACCAGGUGGUCUCCAGCAUCCUGAGGAACCUCUCCUGGAGGGCUGACAUCAACAGCAAGAAGGUGCUGCGGGAGGUGGGCAGCGUGACGGGGCUGAUGCGGUGCGCGCUGCACGCCGGCAAGGAAUCCACGCUGAAGAGCGUCCUGAGCGCGCUGUGGAACCUGUCGGCGCACAGCACGGAGAACAAAGCGGCCAUCUGCGGGGUGGAGGGAGCCCUGGGCUUCCUGGUGAGCACCCUCACCUACAAGUGCCAGAGCAACUCGCUGGCCAUCAUCGAGAGCGGCGGCGGCAUCCUCAGGAACGUCUCCAGCCUGGUCGCCACGCGGGAGGACUACAGGCAAGUGCUCCGGGACCACAACUGCCUGCAGACGCUGCUGCAGCACCUGCGCUCGCACAGCCUCACCAUCGUCAGCAACGCCUGCGGCACCCUCUGGAACCUCUCCGCCCGCAGCCCCCGCGACCAGGAGCUGCUGUGGGACCUGGGGGCGGUCAGCAUGCUGCGCAACCUCAUCCACUCCAAGCACAAGAUGAUCGCCAUGGGCAGCGCGGCCGCCCUCCGCAACCUCCUCACCAACCGGCCCCCCAAGUACAAGGACACGGCCGUGGUCUCGCCGGGCUCCUGCAUGCCCUCCCUCUACAUGCGCAAGCAGAAGGCGCUGGAGGCCGAGCUGGACGCCAAGCACUUGGCCGAGACCUUCGACACCAUGGAGAAGCAGAGCCUGAAGAGCCAGAGCGCCAAGAAGCCGACGCGGCACAUGGAGAGCCUGGUGAAGGACUACGCCUCCGACUCCGGCUGCUUCGACGAUGACGAGGUGCCCAACAUUUCCACCGGCGUGGAGACGGCCAGCGCCUCCGUCCUCUCCAUGUUCCUCAACUCCUCCUUCCUCCAGGGACAGGCGCUGCCCCGGGCGCUGGCACAGCGGCGAUGCCCGGAGCCGGAGAAGGACGGCAGCGGCAAACCGGCCGAGCCCAAGAAGCCCCCGCUGCCGGAGGAUGACGUCUCACUGGCUGCCGAGAAGUUGGCCAACAAGAUCUCCAGCACGGUGGCCAAGAUCGACAAGCUGGUGGAGGACAUCUCCACCAUGCACACCUCUUCAGAUGACAGCUUCAGCCUCAGCUCGGAGGACCACUGCCUGGACUGGCAGUACGGCCCCGAGGAGGUCCACGAGGCUCGUGCCCAGUCCUGCUCGCCCUGUCGCCUCUCGGAUGCCGGUGGCUUCCCCAAGAGGGAGAGCCUGAGCCGGGCCCACACGCUGCUGAGGCUGAAGACCGCCUACACCAGCCUGUCCAACGACAGCCUCAACAGCGGCAGCACCAGCGACGGCUACUGCACCAAGGAGCACAUGAAGCCCUGCACCAGGGCCACCUUCCUCGACUACCGGGACGAGCUGCAGCGGUACCAGAAGCGGCCGAGCCGGCUCGACCUCAAGAACAUCCUGGGGGUCAAACCAGAGCGGGUCGAGCACCCCCUGCUCAAGGGCAGAGAUCCAGCUGAGCCAGACAAGCCGGAGCAACGAGAUCUGCCCGAACGGGCCAAGAAGACGGUGACUUUCCCCAGCCCCAAGGCGCUGGAGAAGGAGACCGAGUGGAAGAAGGAGACGGGCAGCAAGGUCUCUCCUGACCCCCAGGUCCGCACCAUCAAGCUCUCCCCGUCCUACCAGCAUGUCCCCCUGCUCGAAAGCCUGGCCAAGAGCAGCGCGGCCACCGGCACCGGCCACCACCCCUCGCUUCUGGGCAGAAAACAAGCCUGGCUGCCCCCCACGCUGCUGCAGACAGCUGAGACCCUCAGCAAGAUCCCGGAGAAGUUGCCUGCCCACCCCCCGGCCACGGCCGAGCAGGAGUCGGUGCAGAAGUACUCGGUGGAGGACACCCCCAUCUGCUUCUCCCGGUGCAGCUCCCUCUCCUCCCUCUCCUCCGCCGACAAUGUGCUGGACGGGCAGAGCCACAGCGAGAACGACCUGGACAGUGACUCCUCCCUGGAGAUCCUGGAGAUGGAGGAAGGGGACGGGGAAGGUGAGGAGGGGAGUCAGGAGAAGGAGAAGGCGGCGGAUCCGGGUCUGGCCACCCCGGUGGGGAUCUCCCAGCCCAUCACCAUCCCCUUCCCGAAGCGCGACAAGGUCUUCCUGCGGGAGACAUCACCAUCGCGCCAGGAGGACCUCACGCCCUCGAGCUCCUCGGAGAACUACAUCCAGGAGACGCCCCUGGUGAUGAGCCGCUGCAGCUCCGUCAGCUCCCUGGGCAGCUUCGAGAGCCCCUCCAUCGCCAGCUCCAUCCAGAGCGACCCGUGCAGCGAGAUGAUCAGCGGCACCAUCAGUCCCAGCGAGUUGCCCGACAGCCCCGGGCAGACCAUGCCCCCCAGCCGCAGCAAGACACCCCUCUUCGAGCUGGGCUGCCAACCGGAGAAGGAGACCAGCCAGUUCAACAUCCAGUGGGAGAACAACGUCAAGAAGUUCAUGGAGAUCACCGACUUCAAGGAGCGCUUCCAGCUGCCCCAGGACCUGGACUCCAUGGUCUACUUCACGGUGGAGAAACCCAACGAGAACUUCUCCUGCGCCUCCAGCCUGAGCGCCCUGCCCCUCCACGAGCACUACGUCCAGAAGGACGUGGAGCUCAAGCUGAUGCCCACCUUCCCAGAGAAGAACAGCCUGAACUUCGUGGCUCAUGAGAAGCGGGAGGAGCGGCGGGAGGAGCGGCACCUGGAGGGCCGGCGACGGGCCGAGCGCCCUGAGCCCCCCUCCGACGAUGACAUCGAGAUCCUGAAGGAGUGCAUCAGCUCGGCCAUGCCCUCCCGCUUCCGCAAGGUGAAGACCUCCCUCCUCUCCGGCCAGGUCCUGCACCCCCAGACAAAGAAGCCGGUCCACGUCCCCGUCUACAUGCUGGUGCCAGCCCACGCGCACCCCGGCGUCCCCAAGCACCUGCGUGCCACCACCCGCGACCUCUUCAAGGACGAUGACUCCUUCACCGACUCGGCCGACGGGACCCCCGUCAACUUCUCCAGCGCCGCCUCCCUGAGCGACGAGACCCUGCGCUACCCGGCGGGCGAGGAGGCUGAGCACCCCCGCGGCCCGGGGCGGUCACGGGGGGUCCUGCCUGAUGGCCACCGCGAGGUGGGCAACGCCGGCACCAUCCCGGCCAGGAGAGCCGCCUCCGGCAGCUCGGCGCCCGCCCGGUUGAGCUCAGCCUGCAAAGGGAAACCCGGCUCGAGCCGCGGCCAAGGCGGGGAGGGAAAGAGGGGCCAGAUCCCCCCGAAGAGUGGCCCCAGCCUGGAGCUGGAGGUGGGGAGGAGCAGCGGUCCCCCCGGGAGGAAGGAUGCCCCCCAGGAGGACGGGGUGGCCUUCCAGUCGCUGUGCCACACCACGCCGACCGAGGAAGCCGUUUAUUGCUUCUACGAGCAGGACUCGGAUGAGCUGCCCGAGGCGGGCAGGGGGGUGUCCGGCGGGAGACCCCAACCCGGCCGGGCACCCAGGAGGGAGCGCUGGGGCGGCUCCCUCCCCCGGAGCGAUCCUGAGCCCGGUCCCCGAGCGGCAAAACCACAGAACAACCUCAUCACCGACGAGACGCCGCCGUGUUACUCCCUCAGCUCCUCCAUGAGCUCCCUGAGCGACGCCAACCUCUCCGACGGCGAGGAGCGGGGCCAGCCCUGCGGCAAAGCCCCCCGCCCGCAGUCUGCCACGGCGGCGCUGGGGCAGGCACAGGGGGGCUCCCCCAGCUCCCCCAGCCUCAACUCGGAGGACGACCUGCUGCAGAAGUGCAUCGGCUCGGCCAUGCCCAAGCGCCGGCGGCCCUCGGCUCGCCGGAGGACGGCGGAGCGCAAGCAGAAGCCACCGGCCACCGUGGGGAGGGAGCAGAAGGCGGAGGUGAGACAUCACCCUGCCGAGGACGCCGGCUCCGACCGGGGCUCUGACCUGGACAGCGUGGAGUGGCAAGCCAUCCAGGAGGGUGCCAACUCCAUCGUCACCUGGCUGCACCAGGCGGCCGCCUCCCUCUCCCGGGAGCCUUCCUCCGAGUCCGACUCCAUCCUCUCCUUCGUAUCGGGGCUCUCGGUGGGGUCCACCCUCCAGCUCUCCCUGGGCAGGCAGGAGAAGAAGCAGCGGGCCGGCAGCGUGGCGGGCAGGGAUGCGGCCAGAAGGGAGCACAGCAAGGGACGCCCCGAGAGGAAGGACACCCCGGGUGCCCGUCCCGCCGGCCGCGGAAAUGCCAGGGCGGAGCGGAGCCCGGCGCCCACCAAACCGGUGCCCAACCUGCCCGUGGUCUUCCGCGGCCGGACUGUCAUCUACAUGCCCAGCAUGGCCAAGGAUGCCCCCAGCCCGCGGGCCACCCCCAAGAAGAGCCCGGUGACGAAGCCAGAGGCUCCACCAGCCAAGAACCUCUCCCUCAGCCAGCAGCGCUCGCGGAGCCUCCACCGCUUGGGCAAAGCCCCCGAAACUGGGGACAUGACGCUGCCCAAGAGGAGCACGACGCCGCCCGCCCGCAUCGGCAAGGGACCCCCCUCCUCGGGCUCCUCCCGCACCUCCACCCCCUCCCAGCACGCACCCAAGAAGCUGCUGUCCCCCUCCCAGCUCAACAAGCAGGGUCCCCCGGCCACCGGCAAGGCGGGUGGCUCCCCCUCCCCACCGGGACCCCCAACCAGAGCCCCGGCCCCCAAAUCUCCAGCCCCCAGGCAAUCCAAGACGCAGAAGUCGCCUGUCCGCAUCCCCUUCAUGCAGAAGCCCAGCAGGAAGGUGCUGCCGGGCCGGGGGGCCAUGCCGGUGCUGGAGGAGCAAGUGGAUGGUGUCAAGGCUCGGGGUGGCAGGGUUGGGGGCGCGGGGGGCAGCCGGCUCAACCUGGUGCGGAUGUCCUCCACCCGUUCCAGCGGGAGCGACUCGGAUCGCUCCGGCUUCCUGCGCCAGCUCACCUUCAUCAAGGAAUCCUCCAGCCUGCUGCUGCGGCACCGCGCCGAGCUCUCCCCGGCCCCGCCGCCGGCCGCCUCGCUGCCUCGCCGUGCCUCCCCGCAGCGCAGCCGUGCCACCCUCCCCGCCGUCUUCCUCUGUUCCUCCCGCUGCGACGAGCUCAAGGCGGCCAAGCCGGCCACCCCCAACCCACGGCCCCUCAUCUCCAGGGCCCAGCCCGGUGGCAAAGUCUCCACCGGGGUCAAACCGCCGCGGAGGACCAGCUCGGAGAGUCCAUCCCGGCUGCCGGUGAAGACCAGCAUCCCUGCACCCGAGCCCUUCAAGAGGUACUCGUCCUCCCCCAACAUCAGUGUGGGGAAGAGGACGGGCAGCCCUUCCUCCGUCCUCUCCGCCCGCUCCGAGGCUUCGGCGCGGCGGCGGCAGCAGCAGCAGCAGCAGACGACGGAGACGGCACCCAGCGGGCAGCCGGCGAAGCCUCCGGUGGUGAUGAUGAAGGGCACGUGGCGGAGGAUCCGGGACGAAGACAUCCCCCACAUCCUCAAGAGCACCCUGCCCUCCUCCGCCCUGCCGCUGGCGGGUGACGGCGAGGAGGAGCGCCCCGGCACCCCCGGCCCCAGGAAGACCAGCGACGCCGUGGUGCAGACCGAGGACUUCUCCACCGCCAAGACCAACUCCAGCACCUCCCCCACCCUGGAGACCCGCGAGGGACCCCCUAACGCCCGCGCCGCCUGCGACGGUGAAGCCCCGGCCCCCGCCAAGACCACCCUGCCCAUCUCCUUCGGCCACGAGGCGCCGGCCGGGACCUUCCCCGCCAGCCGUCACGGCUCCCCGAGCAGAGCCGCCCGCGUCACCCCCUUCAACUACGUCCCCAGCCCCAUGGCGGUGACAGCGGUGGCCGACAAGGCGGUGGAGAAAAUCCAGGCUUGAGCAGCUGCCCACCCAUGGAGCCCCAGCCAGGGUCCUGGGACCCCCUCCCCUGCCCCACGGGAGAUGGCCAGGACUGUGCUGGGGGGGACAGUGACAUGGGACAGUGACAUGGGACAGCUGGGGACCAGCGAGUCACCCCAACGCGCUGCCUGCCCCAGCUGGGGUCCUGCUGUACCAGAGCAUCACGGUUCCCAGCGCCAAGGAACAGGCAGAGCCAGGGGGACGCACUGGGGCUGGUGUCCCAACCCAGGGUGAGCCUCGGUGGCCACCUCCUCCCACCGAUGGACAUCCUGGGACAAGCUGGGGGGGAUGCCGUGUCCCCAUGUCCCCCCCAUCCCGCUCACGCGCCCGGGGCAGAGGCUGAUCCAGACGCCGGGUCUCACCGCACACGUCAGCUCAUCUCGGCACCGACACCGGCUCGUUUAUUAACGAGGGGAAGGGAACACACAGCUGGACCAAGGCAGGGAGAGACUUCAUAGGGGGAAACCUCCCCCCCAUUUGUGCUGCUGGAGGCUCCUAAUUAAGGCGUGCGGCUAAUCACUAACGGGUAACUCGCAGCCGUGGUGCUUGCACGGGUUCAAGGUGGGUUUGGGUGGAAAAGGCGUGGAAGGGGCUCGCUGGUGGGUGGCUGGGUCCCAACGGGCUCGUCCUGGGGGGCUGCUCACAGGGUCGUGUCACGGGGCUGGGGAGCUGCCCUGGGAGGGGAUGGGGUGCUGAGCUGGCACUGGGGUGCCCAACCCCUGGGGAAGGGUCUGGGGCCCCUAAUUCCCACCCGCAGCCCCCCAGCCUCCCUCCCCCGGGGUGGAAGACCCCCCUCCCGGCUCGCAGCCAGGACCUCGGUGUGUCCCCACGGGCCGUGGACACGAGUCCAUCCAGGAGGGGAUUACGCCCACGAGCACGGGGGCUCCUGACCCCAAAGCACCGCGGACACCCCGCUCCUGCUGCCAGCUAGGCCCCCACAUAGAGACUGGGGUGUGCGGGGAGGGGCUGCAGAGGGACCCCCCCCCAAUCCAGGUGCUCCCCGGUUUCCCCUGGGUGCUCCCC